CUUCGACUCAAACCUUCACCUAUUCAUCGACAGCACAAUGGGCACCCGUGGUCUCAUCGGCUACAUCCUCCGCAACAAACAGCGCAAGGCCAUGUACAACCAAUUCGACUCCUAUCCCGAGGGCCAAGGCCACGACAUUGCCCAAUUCAUCUCCCGCCUUUCUCCCGAGCAGAGCAAAGAGAUGGCUGAUAAAGUGGAGAAGAUUGAGUGGAUCGAAGACGAGACUGCGAUCAUCCCCGAGGAUAUCAAAGAACGCUACUUGGCCGUCGACGGCGGGAUCUGGAGAUAUCAGUUCCCAUACGGCGGUCCUGAGCACUGGUUCAACGAACGCCAUUUCAAAGGUCUGUCCGAAGCCGCCAAGAGGGAAAAGAUUGAACGGGAGAAGGAGCAGGCCGCAAAGUUGUUGGCAAUGAAAGCCAGCUGCGGUCACGACGACGGUCCAUUUGCGUACGAGCCAAUGGACACUUGGUCCGACGUGUUGGUGGGGGCACAGGGAGCAAGGGCGCUGCCAUUCAUUCAAGAAGGAAAGCUCAGCCAUCUGAUUGACUCUAUAACCUUCAUGACGGACGGCAGCCUUUGUGAAUGGGAAUACUUUAUCGAUUUUCACAAUGAAAAACUCGAAGUAUGGGCCGGAGAGCUGUUGAGAGAGAUAUCGUUUGACACAUUGCGAGCGGAUCCAGAGUAUAUGCUCAAGGGCGGUUGGAGUGAUGAAGACGAUGAGGAGUAG